GUAUAAAGCCAGCUGUUGCUAAAACACUGACUUCACUUAAUAAGUUAAUAUCAUAGUUAAUUCAUUUUAACAUGUUAUUAGUUAUAUUUUUAAUUAUUGCUAUUCCCUGCAGUGUUUUAUUUUGGCUGGCGACAAUCGGUUUGCAAACCUUUCGGACAGAUUAUGCUGCACCAGCUCCAUGGAGAUGGGUACUUGCUACAAUCAUUCCUGUUUUUAUCGCUUGGUGGGGCCUGAGGCGCAAAAGUUUAAACACUAGUGGGGCGGCAGCAGGACUUCUUGUUGGAUUUGUCAUAACUCUUGGAAAUUUGUGUUUCUGUGCGGCUUUGCUCAUAUUCUUCUUGGCUGGGUCCAAAGUUACAAAGUUCCGAUCAAAACAGAAGAAGAAACUGGAAGCAGAUUUUAAAAAAGGAGGACAAAGGAAUUGGGUACAAGUGGUGUGUAAUGGUGGAGUGGCUGCUCAGUUUGCGAUGCUCUACAUACUUGAAAGCGGCUGUGUUGAAAAACCCAUAGACUUCCAGACAGGAUAUGUCUCGUCGUGGUUUGCAGUGGCCGUCCUUGGGUCCUUGUCCUGUUGUUGUGGUGACACGUUUUCUUCUGAGAUUGGUUCAGUGGUUGGCACCGGCGAUCCAUGGCUUAUAACGUCAUUCAGGAAAGUUCCACGUGGAACAAAUGGUGGCAUAUCUGUCAUUGGUACUUUGAGUAGCAUAUUCGGAGGACUUCUUGUAGGACUAGGAUACUAUGUUACGUUACUGUUUUGUGCGCCCCAGCUGGCAAUAGAAGACAGUCCUAUCCAGUGGCCCAUUGUUUUCCUCGGUGGGGCAGGGGGUCUGCUCGGGUCCAUCGUCGAUUCCGUGUUAGGUGCGACUUGUCAGUAUUCAGGUUACCAUAAGCGUCAUCGCCAUGUAGUGGAGUACACAGGCCCGGAUAUUGAACACAUCAGUGGAGUCCAGCUAUUGGAUAACCACAGUGUCAACCUGCUCUCCUCGCUCAUCACAGGACUUCUCCUACCAGGCAUUGCAUACCAUGUGUGGAUUUCAGGACUCGGAUAUCAUCAGUGGAUUUCAGCUACUGGAUAACCACAGUGUCAACCUGCUCUCCUCACUCACCACCGGACUUCUCCUACCGCGUGUGGACCAUGGCCCCUCUUCGGCUACGCCAGUGUGUGAUUUAGCUGCUGCUUCUAUAUAUAUAUAUAUAUGUAUAUAUAUAUAUAUAUAUAUAUUGAAAGUAUGAUACAAUAGAGGAGGAUGCUUAUUCAAUAUAAGUGACCAUGUUGAACAUAUUCCUAAACUAUGCAAUUAAUCUGUGAUGUAGUCAGAAUAUUUUACAAUAAAAUGUAGCUGGUAUCAAAGUGACAUCAGCCAGUGGCGUAGCGUGGGUGAGACCACCCGGGCGCUGGCAACCCACGCUAUGCCACUGACAAUAGCUGAUCAAGUUCUCUUGUUGCCAGCUUAUUGUAACAAACAUGUACAUUAUACUACACCUCAUAAAUUAUAUAAUAUAGUACAUCUACAGUGACACCAUAAAAAAGUGGAAAGGAAAUAUGUCAGUCACUUGUUACGCAUCUAUUCUUAUGCAAUGUUUUUUGUGUGUGUUUUUUUCAUUAAUAGAAUUCAGGGCUAGCUCUGCCACUCGCCAAAUUCGCCAAUUGUGAAUUUUAAACAACUGGUGAUUUUUAUUUUAAUGUGGCGAAAGAAUUUCA